CGGCGCGGUCUCCGCCCAGAGGGGCCUGCGGAGGCUCUGCUCCGGCGGCCGUCCCCCUGGGUGACCCGUCUCUCUCCGCGUCCCUCCCGGGGCCGUCCCACCAGGCGCCUCCGGCCUUUGGACGCACGCCGUCCGGGAGGAGACCAUGCACCCCUCGGGCACGCCCCUCCAGAAGCCGUUAUCUAAGACAAUCUAGUUUUCCUUUGUAAAUCUCUCAAGACACUUAUGAAGUUUCUUGUUCUGAAAUUGCUGUACUGCAAUGAAGAAAAGGAGAAAGGUUACUUCACAUCUUGAGAAGAUCCAUCUAGGCUAUCAUAAAGAUUCUUCAGAUGGAAAUGUGGCAGCGGAGUGUGAGCAAAUAACCUGUACUCAUUCCACAGAAAGACCAGCUCCUGACGCUCUUCGCUGUUAUCAGGAACUUCCUCCCUCUCCGGAUCAGAGAACACUUUUGAGUUCUUUGCAGUACAAUAAGAAUUUGCUGAAGUAUUUAAAUGACGAUAGGCAGAAGCAGCCGUCUUUCUGUGACUUGCUUAUCAUAGUAGAAGGAAAAGAAUUUAGUGCCCAUAAAGUUGUUGUUGCUGUUGGCAGUAGUUAUUUUCAUGCGUGUUUGAGCAAAAAUCCAAGCGCUGAUGUUGUCACCCUGGAUCAUGUAACACACUCAGUUUUUCAGCAUUUGCUUGAAUUUCUUUACACAUCAGAAUUUUUUGUGUACAAAUAUGAAAUCCCUCUUGUUUUAGAGGCUGCAAAAUUUCUGGAUAUUAUAGAUGCAGUUAAGCUGCUGAAUAAUGAAAAUGUUGCCACUUUUCAGUCUGAGCUAACUGAAAAGUCAUCACCGGAAGAAACACUCAGUGAAUUAACUGGAAGACUAUCAAAUAAUCAUCAGUGUAAAUUCUGUAGUAGACAUUUUUGUUACAAGAAGUCUUUAGAGAAUCAUUUGGCGAAAACCCAUAGGUCCCUUUUAUUAGGGAAAAAACAUGGGUUAAAAAUGCUGGAAAGAGGUUUUUCUGCAAGAAGACCAAAACGGAAUCGGAAGUGCCCUGUUAAGUUUGACGACACCAGUGAUGAUGAACAGGAAAGUGGUGAUGGGUCCGACAAUUUGAAUCAAGACCAUUUUGAUAAGGAAAAGUCAGAUAGAAAUGAUUCUGAGGAUCCUGGAAGUGAAUAUAAUGCUGAAGAAGAUGAGCUAGAAGAGGAGAUGUCAGAUGAAUACUCUGACAUUGAAGAACAGAGUGAAAAAGAUCAGAAUGAUGCCGAAGAGGAGCCUGAAGCUGGUGAUUCUGUAGGGAGCAUUCAUGAGGGGUUAACCCCUGUAGUCAUUCAGAACAGUAACAAAAAAAUUUUGCAGUGCCCCAAAUGUGAUAAGACAUUUGACCGCAUAGGGAAAUAUGAGAGCCACACGCGUGUCCACACAGGUGAGAAGCCCUUUGAGUGUGAUAUUUGUCACCAGCGCUAUUCGACAAAGUCUAACCUAACUGUUCACAGAAAGAAGCACAGUAAUGAAACAGAAUUUCAUAAGAAGGAGCACAAGUGCCCUUAUUGUAAUAAACUUCAUGCAAGCAAGAAGACUUUAGCCAAGCAUGUUAAGAGAUUUCAUCCAGAAAAUGCACAAGAAUUUAUUUCCAUUAAGAAGACUAAGAGUGAAAGUUGGAAAUGUGAUAUUUGUAAGAAAUCUUUCACUCGAAGACCGCACUUGGAGGAACACAUGAUUCUGCAUUCUCAAGAUAAACCUUUUAAGUGUACCUAUUGUGAAGAGCAUUUCAAAUCACGAUUUGCACGAUUAAAGCAUCAGGAAAAGUUCCAUCUGGGUAAGCAGAUUUCUCUUUCCAGGAGCAUCCUAGCAACCGUCGACAUCGGGCUGGAGGAGGCGGCUGCUGUGGACUCCCUGGGAGGAAGCCACAUAACUCAGGAAGGUCCUUUUCCAUGUGAUAUAUGUGGUCGCCAGUUUAAUGACACUGGAAAUUUGAAACGCCAUAUAGAAUGUACCCAUGGUGGAAAGAGAAAAUGGACUUGCUUUAUCUGCGGAAAAUCAGUACGAGAAAGAACUACUUUGAAAGAACAUUUGAGAAUCCACAGUGGAGAAAAGCCUCAUCUUUGUAGUAUUUGUGGGCAAAGUUUUCGUCAUGGAAGCUCAUACAGACUUCACUUACGAGUACAUCAUGACGAUAAAAGAUAUGAGUGUGACGAAUGCGGGAAAACGUUCAUUCGCCACGAUCACCUUACAAAGCACAAGAAAAUACAUUCAGGUGAGAAGGCCCAUCAAUGUGAAGAAUGUGGCAAGUGCUUUGGCCGUAGGGACCACCUCACUGUUCAUUACAAGAGCGUGCACCUUGGGGAGAAGGUGUGGCAAAAAUAUAAAGCAACCUUUCAUCAAUGUGAUGUUUGUAAGAAAAUUUUUAAAGGCAAAUCAAGUCUGGAAAUGCAUUUUCGGACGCAUUCAGGUGAAAAACCAUACAAGUGUCAGAUUUGCAACCAAUCUUUCCGAAUCAAGAAAACUUUAACAAAACACCUGGUGAUUCAUUCCGACGCGCGGCCUUUCAACUGUCCACACUGCAAUGCCACGUUUAAGCGGAAAGACAAGCUGAAGUACCACAUCGACCACGUUCAUGGCAUAAAGUCUCCUGACGAUCCUCUCAGCGCUUCUGAGGAAAAACUCGUAUCCUUGCCGGUGGAGUACUCAUCCGAUGAUAAAAUUUUUCAAACCGAAACAAAGCAGUACAUGGACCCGCCCAAAGCUUACCAGUCAGAAGCCAAGACCAUGUUCCAGAACGUGUCGGCGGAGGUUUGUGUCCCAGUGACCCUGGUGCCCGUGCAGAGGCCCGACUCGCAGAGCGACCUGGUGCGCCACACCACCACCCUCCCGCCCCCUGCCCACGAGAUCUUGUCGCCGCAGCCACCCUCCGCCGAUUACCCGCGAGCAGCCGACUUGGCGUUUCUGGAGAAAUACACUCUUACUCCGCAGCCCGCAAACAUAGUUCAUCCAGUGCGCCCCGAACAAAUGCUGGAUCCUAGAGAACAGUCUUAUCUCGGAACGUUAUUGGGCCUGGAUAACGCCACUGCUGUACAAAAUAUUUCUAACAGCGAGCAUCACUCAUGAGUAAAUCGAAACAUUCCACAGACCGUGUCGAGGGCUGCGCAGCAAGGGUAGCCUAGAGCUGGCGGCUUUCGAAUCAGUGGGGCUGCUAUUUUUUCAUUUUCUCUGGUUUCUCAAGUCCUCAGAACCAUGUCAAAUCAAGAAAAAUAUGUAUCUCUGUUUACCGAACAUGAAUAUUUGGAUGCAUUUUGAGGUAUAUUAUUUGAAAUGGACAUUUUUGUGAUUUUUAAAGAUUACUUAGUGCUAAUUUUUAAUGAGUUCGCUAACUUCCCAAAACUAUUAGCUGUUGACCUUAUGAGGGUAUUUGUUUUUAAACCGUCAGUGGAAAUUUUUAUUCAUCUUUGGUCUCAUUCCUCUUUUUUCCCUUCCCUGUUUUCCAAACAAAUGUUAAGGACCAUGUAGCCUUUAAGAAAGAAUAUAAGAGUAUACUGAUAAUCGCAACUGUUCUUUAUUCUACGAUGCAUUGUUAUUUUUUUUCCAGAUUUUUAAAAAUUUUAAAUUUCCAUAAAUUUAGGAAAUGGCAUUUAUGAGAAAGAUUUGGAUAGUUCUGUGUUCUGUUUUAAUUUGCUUAUAAUUUUGGCCUUUGUUUUUUUUGACAAACUCAAAGCCAAGAAAGCUAACCAACGAAAGAUUAGAAAUGAAAUGUAGAAUUGAGAUAAUGAUCCAAAUGUCUGGUUUUUGCCUAGGCUUCAAUUAUGAUGAAUAGGAAAUGCAAAUAUAGGUCUAGGCAUUAAUUGUACAUGUUGAAAACGUGUUCAAAGCAAGAUAUGACGGUUUUAACUAGAUAAUCUUUCAAGGUAAGUUCACCUUUUGUAUUCUGCCAUUUAUUUCAGAAACAUCAACAAUAUAUCCCAGCAUAUAUCUUCAUUUUACUAUGGAAGGGGCAGUUAUAACUAAAUGAAAAUUAACACGCUACUUUUGGUCUUAUUUCUCUUGGCUAACUGAAACUCUGGGAGUUAGAACCUAGAGAUUUCAUAUAUCAUUGUUAGAAAAAGUGCCAAAUUAGAAAAUUCAUGUCUAAUUAAACUUAAUGUUUACUUUAAUUAAAGGGAACCACUACUUGUAUACAGAUUUACAUGUAAUACGUAAUGUAGUCCUUUAUUUUUGCUUUAUUCAUAAGCCUCAAGUCUGUAAUUAUCCUUGAUCUUUAUUUUUAUAUGAGACAAAAGUUGAGGACUUGGUGAAGGGAAAUAGCAGUUAGAGCAAAACCUCACUGAUUAAAAUUAAAUGAGAAAAAAGUCAGUCACAAUUGUAAAAUACCUUUAAAGAUGUGCACUUUCCAUAUCUUCAAGUCAAUUGAAACUUAAAACUAGGAGAAUGUUUCCUAGUAGAGCUGCUUGAAGGAUUAGAGAAUAGGCAGGGUUGAUUUAUUACUAGCAUGUCAUUUGUAUGUAAACUACUGGAAAAUAGCAGUUUUAAGAGUUUUCUAUUUCAGUUUUGUUUACACUCCUAAUUGCUUUAAGCACUUUUUUGUGUGUAAAGUCUGGCCCAGCCCUUGUGAAAAAAAAAAAAAAUCACAAAUAAAAUAAUGAAGUUUUAGUGAAUAAAAUUUAACCACUUAAUAAUGUGGAAACUUGUUUGCUGAAGCACUUAAGAAAUGAAGGUACUUUACAGGAAUAUUCACCACACUGGUGGAAGUGAAACAAAAGAAAAAAAUUGUUGAGAAUUAGGGCAGUUAACCAAAGGAGCUCAUAUAAAUAAUAAAACCAACCUGAAUUUUGCCUCAUUUAUCUAAGUUUGGUUGUAAUUAUCCUAGGACUAGUGGAUAUAAUUAAUGUAUUAAUUCUUUUUAAAGCAUUCUUACUUGUGUGUGGAAAUGUUAUGUCUGGGGUACUUACAUGAUAGAACUUGACUAUAUGAGGUACUGUUAGUCUUUCAAAUUGACUUUAAAAAUGUAUAUCUUUAUGAUUUUUAUCAUAAAGACCUACAAGACUUGUAACUAAAAAACUUAGUAUGAUGAAAAGAAAUCAUAUUUAAAAAUGUACCCUGCCUUGCAUAUAAACCAAUGUAGAAGUUUGGACUUAUAAAAAGGCAAAUGGUAUAUAUGUGUAUGUGUGUGGUAUAUUAUAUAUUUGGUAGCAGAAAAAGAAAGUGUUGCAUUUUCACAUUCAGAAGAAUACUUUGCUUUUUGAAGGUAUUGACUUUAGGGUUCUUUUAAUAAUAAUCUCCUAAUGCUUUAAAUAGAUGAUUUGAUUGUAGGAGUUGGUUUACAGUAUAGAACUUUUCUGAUAUACAUCUCUUUUAUAAAGUGAAACAUGAUUAUAUUUAGUUUUUACCGUAGAGAACUUAAACUUGAAUAGUAGUUUACUGUUUUAUAAAAUGCUUUCCCAGUUAUCUCAUUUAAACCUCAUAACCAGCUCUGAAAGGACAUGCCAUAUUCCCAUGUUAGAGAUAAAGAAUCCGAGGUUAAGCCCACAUCAUUAGUAAGUGGCAGAGCUACUAAUAGGGGGGGAAAAUGGAUUAAGCAUUAAUGAAUGCUUACCAUGUGCUGGGCACUGCAUUUUCUCAUGUAAUCUUAAAUAGUCUGGGAGGUAGGUAGUAUAAUUCUUAUGAAGAAAUAGUCUCAGUGAGUGAACAAACAGACAAAUCCGCUGCCUCUAAUCUCCAAAUUAGAAUAUAAGAAAUUUUACAAUUGCGAAAACCUCAUGGAUUUGGGCAAACUGAAUGUAUAUGUUUUUGAAGUUGGCACAAAAAUGUAUGAAAUGAGGCCUGCUUUUUUCAGUUAACUUUUUGUCAUAUUUGAUUUGGAGUAUUUUGGACAAAUGUUCCAUUAACUCUAAAAUCCAUUAAUUCUGUAACUAUACUUAAAUUUUUGAAUCUUGCAACUAAGUUUAGCCUCACUCAGAAUUUUUUAUUUUGUGAGCAUAAUUUAUUGUUUUAAAUUAAUUUUGUAGCUGAUAGCAGUUAGCACUUAAUAUGUACAUUGAAUAAUUUAUCAAAUGUAGAAAUUUGUUAACCUAAUCAGUUUUUACUUAAAUGCACCAAAGAUUUUUAGUAGGUAUUAAAAUAGUUUAAAAGAAUUUAAAUUCUUUGUUGUUUGAAUAAAUAUUUGUCCAAAGAAGCACAUUUGAAGUCCUAGGAUUAUGGGUUUUUUAAAAAAAAAAUUGUUAGUUUGGAUACUAAGGUUAAGUAUUAAGUGUUUGUGUUUAUAUGUAUAAAAAUAAGAACAGAAGAAAAUACUCUGGGAAUAGUCGUACUGACAAACCAGUUACUCAGUUUUCCUCAGUUUAAUUAAUUGAAUGUUAUAUUUUAAGUGGACACUAUUAAAUGCUAAAUAAUAAGCUUAUUUUUUACACUACACUAUUAAAAUAAUUUUGCCUUAGAAUUUUUUUUAAGACAAGUUGAAGAUUUUUUUAUGAGAAACCCCACCUAUUUCUUGCAGCCUAAAAUACCACUUAGGAUUAGAGUUUGUUCUUCAUGCCAGCAGGAUUUCACCAACAACUGUAAAGGCAGUGAUCUUUGAAUACCUUUAGGUAAUUUAGUCAUUCAUUGCUGGGAGAAGAGUAGCAAAAAUAGGGUUUUAAACUGGUGCUUUAUUAAGUGACUCCUUUAAAGUGAUGGUAGGUCAUGAAGUAGGUACACUAAUAAUUUUCCAUCAACUUAAAAGUGUCAAAACAUCUUUGCAGAGUAACUGUAAGCUGUAAGUUAAGGGCUAAUACGUAUUUCAGUGUCAUUCCUCGCUUUUUCACUCUAUAAUUACAAACAAAUUAAGAACACCAUUAACUCGUCUGUACAUAAGUUUGCAUUCUCUUCCAAGCAGAUCACUCUGCUGUCUCAUUGGUGGAAGGUCAGACAUGGAGCAUCAGCCUUGACAGUGACAGUGUCCUUUUGUAUGUGCCCAUCUUCUCUGGGUUGAAGGCUUCGUGUCUUUUCAAUGCACAGUAGUUGCUUGGAGUUGGCUCUGCUGGCUAGAUUGUGCUGGUUAAUAAAUAAUUGUGGUUGUUUUGUUGUUGGUAUGUAUUUGUCUUAUGUUUGUGUUGCCUGCUGGUCAGGCAACACUUCUUUUAGGUUGCUUUAUGUUUUUGUAGGAAAACUGGCACCAACUACUAGUGUGAAUUUUUUUUUUUUUAAUCUCUACUAUUGUGGCCUUUCUGGUUACUGUGAAGCCACUCCUGGGCCUGUCUCCAGAUGCUCGUCAGAGGCAUCUGACAAGUAAAAUAAAAAGAGGAGUGUGUCUGCCUCUCUGUCUCCUUCUCCUGUCCUCUCCACCUUUUCUUGUUAAUAAUCAGUUGCCCAACCACCCAGCUCUACACUGAACAGCUUCUUUUUGCAGUUUGCCUAAAAGUGAACCAGAGGUGAUGGUGUGAGAUGAGUCUCUCGUUAGGAGCAGCAAACAACCCAAGCAACUUGAGACAACUUGAGUUGAUGGAACCCAGGAAGAAUUAGGGCUUUUAUAGUCGUAUUUGGAUUAUUCUGAGAUUCAGUGCCAAAUCUGAAAUGACUCAAAUGUAUUUUUUAAUGAAGAACAAGUAGCAUUUCUAAAACAUUGAAUAGUGUUAUAGUAAAUGUUACUUACUAUUAGAUCGAGUGAUGGAUAAUGUGAGAAUAGUUUUCUUAUAAUUUCUAGGAACCACAGACAGUUCCCUUUAGAUCCUCCCCUUGCUUUUGCACGUUCCUCUCCUGGUAACGUCUCUAGUGGGUUUGGGAGAGUAUUGUUCCCUCAUUUCUUCUCAGCUUCUUUCUGCUUCAAGGUACUUUUGUCCUGGAAUUGUUGCAUGCUUUCUGCUCUUCCUUUCUGGAAUUGGCUUUAAUGAGGUAGAAGGAACAGCGCUGGGUCUCUUGGAGGAUGAGCAGAAGGUCUGGUAGGGAGAGCACCUGCGCUACAUUUACUCUUCAUGUUCCAACUUGCUGUGCCCUGAUCCUGAGUCUAGGACUAUUGCAAAAUCCCAAACAAUUUAAAUUUAGCCUCUGCAGCCAUUUAUAUAAAGAGAAAAUAAGAAUUAUAUCCAGAAAAUAGAGGUCAUCAAAGAUGAGUAUACUUCCUUUGUUCUGCUUUUUUCCAAAUUCUUAGGUUCAAGAAGUAAUUUUGGUGCUUGCAUUGCUUUGGGAGAUUCUAAACAUUUCUUGAAUGGAGAGCAUGUAGGCGUCUCGGUAUUUCACCUCUUUGCUUGGUAUUCCUGCUUGCGUUACAUACAGUUGGACAGUGAACUGUGGUGUAAAGACAAAAUUUUUAUUCCUCAACAAUCAAGACUUUUCUUAUCUGUGGAUAAGAAAUUACAGCUGUAUCACAUUUGAUGAGUGCAGCUGCCAGAAAGUGAGCAGAGGUGGGCGUUUGGCUGCUCCGUGUUCUGUAGGAAACAUUCUGGUUACGGGAUUUAUGCUGUACAUUAAAAUGGAAAUGCCUUUGAACUUAGUUUUCAGUCUCCAAUCUUAAGUUUUUGUUUUUAAUCAUUAAGGACUCUUUCAAAAACAAUUACAAAGAAAAAUCUAAACUAUCAAGAUUCAUUAUUUUGUCAACUGUGUGUAAAGUAUCUUGUGAGUUUUAUAGAUCUUUUGACUGUCUCGUGUUUUCUCAGUACCAACGUCUUUAUGGAAAAAUUCAGUUCUCUGUGAAGACUAGGAAAUGUGUUGUAUAUUGAAUUAGUUCCUUGUGUUGUUUUGAUAUUUAAAAUAAAUAUAAAGUUCUUUGGUCCUAAUAAAGUAUA